AUGCUCCUCUUGGUUGCUUCUCACAUCAUCCCACACUUGAUAUCUCUCCAGACAGUACUACGAGAGGUGGAACUGGCUGUCAAGGGCGGUCGCCUCCCACCAGUGACCCUACGAUUUAAAGAUACCACACGCUGGAAUCAGCCUGUCGCUUCAGAUGAUCUCGAGUUCUGGGAUGCUUCUUUGCGUGGUCUGCCUUUGUAUCCAACCCCGAACCGAACCAACUUCCAUGGAACUUCCCGGGUGUAUAAGCUCCCCGAAGAGGUCAUGUACAACAUAACAGAAUACAGUAUACAACACGGAGUUAAAUUCCACCAGCUCUGUCUCACCGCUAUUUCACUAUGCCUGCGUCAAAAUUGA